AAACCCAAACGUAAUUCUUACUUCAUAUGCCAUUGCCAACAUGAUAAUUUUAUCUCUACUUGAUCUUUUCUCCUCCACAUAUUGAGCUGUAUAUAUUAUGCAUUUGUGUAUAUGAUCUCUGUAAUGUUUGAAGAUUAUUUGUUUCUAUGAUUGAAUAGAAGCGGGUUCUCUGAUUACAUUUAGAGUUGAAUCUUGAUGAUUGAGAAUUGGGCUGGUUUUGAAUAGAUUCUAGAAAUAGAAGUGGAUUCUCUGGUUGUUUGAUUACAUUUAGAGUUCAAUCUUGAUGGUUGAUGGUUGAGAAUUGGGUUGGUUUUGAAUAGAUUCUGCAAAUAGAUUCUGGGUUUUCUGUUUGUCUGAUUAUAUUUGGAGUUGAAUCUUGAUAAUUGAGAAUUGGGUUGGUUUAAAGAGAGGCUAUGGGGAGGACACCAUGUUGUGAGAAGAAUAGUGGACUGAAGAAGGGCCCAUGGACUCCUGAUGAAGAUCAGAAGCUCAUAGAAUACAUAAAACGCCAUGGAUAUGGCAGCUGGCGUGCCCUUCCUAAGCGAGCAGGGCUGUUGAGGUGUGGGAAAAGCUGCAGGCUCAGGUGGACAAAUUACUUGAGGCCUGAUAUAAAGCGUGGGAGAUUUUCAUAUGAAGAAGAGCAAACCAUAAUUGAACUUCAUGCUGCUCUUGGAAACAAGUGGUCUACUAUAGCUACACACCUUCCUGGGAGAACAGACAAUGAAAUAAAGAAUUACUGGAACACCCACUUGAAGAAACGUCUGAUGCAGAUGGGAAUUGAUCCUGUAACACACAGGAGAAGAGCAGACUUGUUGGAUCUCUCUGGUGUCCCUUCCUUUUAUGAUGGGUCUGUUCUAAAUCAUCCACAACAAUGGGAGAAUGCAAUGCUUGCAGAAAACCUAAGACAGGCCUUACUAAUGGCUGACAAUAAGGCAGUUCUAGCUCCAACAGAUUUGUUGUCAAUAGCUAAUGAUCAGUUCAAUUUGCAGAGGAGCAUGAGCAGCUCAACAUGGUUACAACAGCAGCAAGGAAUGGGCCUAGAUUAUAAGGGACUUCCCCACAAUUUGGAGCAGGUGCUGCAGUCUCAGACAAUUGAAUGUGCUUCCAACAUUAAGAAAUGGGAGCAGCUUCUGCAACAGUCAAUAGGGUAUUGUCCUUCCAGUGGCAUAAACCCUAAUGGGUAUAUAAACCAUGACGAAUACAAUGGAUCCAGCAUUUCAGAUUUUGCAUCUCCAUGCUCCAUGGAUGUACUUAAGAUGAAGGCAGAACAGCCUCAGAUGUUAAGGAAUGAGAACAUGUUUCUUCACAACCAAGAAGAUCAUCACAAUAUUCUCAAUGUUGAUGCAGACCUUAAACCUAAGGUCCCAUUUGAUGAAAGUAAUCUCAGUGCAACAAUGUGGGCUGAUCAAGAAAACCCAUUACAGCUAGUGCCUCCUACAUUCUGCACAUCAAAUAAUACCAUCUACAACCAGCCUGAACUGAUUCCUUUCAUGAACACUAGCAGAAUCCUCUUCAAUGGUGAAUAACAACAAUGCUUAAGUUGUUCCAGCAGUUUCUAAGUCACAAAUCUUGAAUCCUCAGGAAGGAAAAGAAUUUUGGAGCAGUGUGUUUAAGGCGGUUGGAACAAUUCAAGCCUCCCUUAUCAUCAGUAAAAUAAUUGUAAAAAUUUGCAAUAAUUUAUUAUAUGUUUUAGCUGCCAGAGUGAAUAACCAUGACAUCCUUUUUGGAUUCGGACAAGUAAUUCUUUGAUUCAGACUCUCUCUAUUCAUGAAUUUGUUUUGUAAGCAUUUA